AUGUGCGGAAUCUGGGCCCUUUUGGGGUCGGACGAGGUGAGUCCCUUCGAGCAGGCUCAAUUCAUGCGCAUCAUGGGUCGCGGCCCGGACUUGCACGUGCUCAAGGAGGUCCAUCCGCGUGUGCAUCUCGGCUUUCAUCGACUCGCAAUCGUCAUCCCUGGUGACACUCCAAGCGAGCAGCCAAUCGUCGGACAAGGGAAAAGUGUUGUCUGCAAUGGAGAAUUGUAUAAUCAUUUGCAAAUCAAGGAGGGAAGCUCAUUGGAGUUGACGAACAAUGGAAGCGAUUGCGCGGCCAUCAUUCAUGCUUUUCAUAAAAAUGGAAACGAUCUCAAAAAAACUUGCGCUAUGCUUGACGGAGUUUUCGCUUUCAUCAUGGCCGACGAGCAGAAUGUCUACGUUGGGAGGGAUCCCCUCGGCGUUCGCCCACUUUUCUACGGCUAUACGAGUCAGGGGAAUUUGGCGAUUGGAUCAGAGGUGAAAUCGAUCUCGGAGCUGUGUGAACGCGUGGAAGUGUUUCCGCCGGGUUGCUGUGCGACGAUUGCUUUCACGAACGGCCAUCCGCGUCCUUUCAAGACCGAACGCUACUAUUUCGUGCCCCAAAUCGCCGACCGCUUCGUGAGCAUCGAGAAUGCACAGCUACUCAUCCGAGAGGUGUUGACGAAAAGCGUGGAAAAGCGCUUGAUGGGCAAUCGACAUUUCGGUUUCAUGCUUUCCGGCGGAUUGGAUUCGAGUCUCAUCGCCGCCAUCGCCACCCGAGCACUCAAACAUAAACCGGUGGCGUUUUCGGUUGGUUUCGAGGACUCGGAAGAUUUGGUGAACGCGCGCCGCGUUGCUCAAUACCUGAACAUCAACCACGUGGUCCAUGUGAUCACCGCCGAGGAUUGUCUCAAUGUGAUUCCUGAAGUUAUCUAUGCUCUGGAGACGUAUGAGCCGGCGAUCGUGCGGUGUGGGAUCGCGCACUAUUUACUCUGCCGACAUAUCGCCUCGAUUUCCGAUGUGAAAGUGCUGUUGUCUGGAAAGCAGGAUCUCGGUGAAAUCAUUGGCGCUCGUUGUGCUGAAACGAUUUCUGAUAAGCUUUUCUCAACCCGUCAUACCCUUUAUCCAGAAAGGACGCCAGAGACAAAAGAAGAAUUCUGGUAUCGAGAGCUUUUCGAGAAAGCCUAUGGAACGGAGAAAAUGGGUCAUCUCAUUCAUACAAAAGUCUACAGAACAGCUGCUUGGCAACUGACCGAAGAGAAAGAAAAUCAUCGCGUCGUGAUGGAAGAAGGCCGCUUGGAGCGACUCGGCGUCGCCAACAAGGGCAGUGAAGAGGUGCUACGACUACGGCGUCGAUCCACCGGCAGCACUACACUUUCCGGUGUUGCG